AUGGCAGAGCGGGUGCUGGCCUCCCCGUCGGGGAGUGGUCCGAGCCUGCACUGCGGCAUCAUCCAGUGGCUUGUCGACAAUUUCUGCAUCUGUGAAGGGUACAGUGUGCCUCGAUGCCUCCUGUAUGAGAUUUACAUGGAGACCUGCGGGCACAGUGCUCCGAACCAAGUCAACCCAGCCACGUUUGGGAAGCUUGUGCACUUGGUUUUCCCUGAUCUUGCCUCCCGGAGACUGGGCACAAGAGGAAGCGCCAGGUAUCAUUAUGACGGCAUCUGUAUGAAGAAAAGUUCUUUGUUCUAUGCCCAAUAUUGCUACCUUCUGGGUGAAAAAAGAUUUCACAGUGGAGAGGUCGUUGGCUUUGAAAGCUCUACUAAUUAUGACAGCGUUCUCCAAGAAGAUGGAGCAUGUGACAGUCAUUCGUUGGUAAAGACAGACCUGGUUGGCUCGCCUUUGUCUGGAUUCAGGAGAUGUCCGUUCUGGGAGCAGGAACUGGCAAAGAAGUACUCCUACAGAUCGAUGGCCUUUCUGGCUGAUGAAUACUGCAGCUAUUGCCAAGGUGUUUUACAAAAUGUGAAGAACCGGGACCUGGAAAGGGUGGAGGGCCUGCUCAUGUCCUUCUGGAAGUCUCUGCAGCAAGACGCGGUCAUGCUCAUGUCAUUGCCUGACGUGUGCCAGCUCCUGAAAUGCUACGACGUUCAGCUGUACAGGGGGAUCGAGGACAUUCUCCUUCACGACUUCUUAGAAGAUGUUUCCAUUCAGUACCUGAAAUCUGUCCGGUUGUUCAGUAAGAAGUUUAAGCUGUGGCUCCUCACGGCUUUGGAAGGGUUUCCAGGCCUCUUACAGAUCUCCAAACACAAAGAAGUUACCGUGUUUGUCAAAAGACUGAGAAGAAAGACCUACCUUUCCAACAUGGCAAAGACCAUGAGGACGGUGCUGAAAAGCAGCAGGAGGGUCAGCGUCCUGAAGUCAGACCUAGAUGCCAUCAUCCAUCGGGGCACUUUGGGUAUUUCUAAGAAGGCUCUGCCCAGGGACCCGAGCAGCGCUGACGACCUGGAGGAGGACGCGGAGAUGAAAUGUUUAAGCAGUUUAAUUUCUCUGCUGGGCAUGUCAACAGACCUGAGUGUGUUCCUGAAUUGUCUGUCUUCAAAUCUCCAAGUAUUUGUCUUCCAGCCAAGCAGAAGCAAAGAGGAGUUUAUCAGAUUGGCCGCCAGCUUCCAGCUGAGAUGGAAUUUCCUUCUCACGGCUGUGAGCAGAGCUAUGACCCUGUGCCACAGAGACAGCUUCGGCUCCUGGCAUCUGUUUCAUCUGCUGCUCUUGGAAUAUGUGAUUCACAUACUUCAGUCCUGCAUAGAGGAGGAUGAGGAGGACGAGGACAACGUGGGCAACCUCCAGGAAGAGCUCCCAGAAGACCAGUGGCCUUUCCAGCCAGACCAGGGGCUCACGCACCCUCCAGAAUCCUCUCCAGCUCAGGAGCAUGACAGCCCAAGCGAGGAGCCCUUGCGGGUGACGCUGAGACCUGGGAGCCAGAGCUGCUGUGCUGUGGUCAGGGUCCCAGGCUUCCUGGUGGACACCGCCACGGGCAACAAGCUCAUCCAGGUACUGCUGGAAGAUAAGGCCACUGAAAGCACCAUCAAACUCAGCCUGCCUCUGGGACAAGAAACCCUCAUAACCCUGAAAGAUGGACAAAAAUUUGUGAUCCACAUAUCAGAUGUAUCCCAAAGCUCUGAAAAUAUUUAUUUUAGGGAAAGCAAUGCUGAUAUGUAA